UUUUUGUCGACAAAAAGGACGACAAACAGCAAUGACGAAAAACAUGUGUUCGCGUAAAAUCGAUGAAUAAACGCCCGAAAGCAAAUGUGAAGAGGAUUUUUUUACACGGAAGAGCUGUGUGGUGUAACUAAGUUAACAUUUAUUGAUUAUUAAAUUGCCGAAAAAAAGAAGACACGUUAUAGACUCGGCAGCUUAUUAUCGCAGUGGCUGCAUAACUGUACAUACAUAUUUAUAUAAAAAACUAACUAAUUGGGCGCAAAAUGGGAAUUACAGAAACGCCGAAAACAGCAGCAGCAACAACAACAACAACGGCGACAAGCACAGAAGCGGUUAAUGAAAGCAAGAAGGUUUUGACAUUAGCCACGUUCCAAGACAUUUUUAAGCACGUGGAGCCAGAAGUACGCAUUGAGGCAUUUGAGUUAGCGCAAGGCUCAGACCGCGGCGACAACUAUACGGCAGCCCUGUAUCGCAUCUGUUUGAGUGGGCAACGCCUUAGCCUAGAUGGCAGCACGCACAAAUGGCAGCAGAACGUUAUAUGCAAAGUGUUGCCAGAGAGUGUGGUCCAGCGGGAAGCCUAUAAGAGCGAUAAGCUUUUUCGCAAUGAGGUAGAGUUCUAUACCAGAAUAAUGCCGGAGCUGCUAAGAUUCCAGGCCAGCAGAACGGGCUUAGAGUCGCAGUUAUUCAAUUCAAUACCAAAGUGUUAUACAGCAAGGCAAGACCUGCUCAUUAUGGAGGAUCUACGUGUCCGAGGCUUUGAGAUGUCUGAUCGACAUAAGGGUCUAAGCACGGAGGAAACACAAUCGGUACUGCUGCAGGUCGCCCAGCUCCAUGCCCUUAGUUUGGCUUAUAAGUUCGAGCAUCCGCUAGAGUUUAGAAAAAUGUGCAGCCAGAUUAGUGAGGGUAUCUUCUGCACAGCCAACGCGAACUGGUAUAAAAAUUAUUACGAACGCCUUACGAAGAAUGCCAUUAAAAUGGUUUCCGAUGUCCUGCCCGCGGAUUCCAAGUAUAUGCAAGCAAUGUGCAAAUUUGCAAAAAGCUCUUCGUUCUUUUCCCAGAUGGUGGAGUUGGCCAGUGCUGAGUCGCCGUUGUCCGCCAUUUGCCAUGGCGACUGUUGGGUCAAUAAUUUUUUGUAUAAGUACGAUCCUGCGGAUCGACAGCGUGUGCUGGAGGUGGCGCUGAUUGACUUUCAGCUGGUGCGCUACAGCUCCAUUGCACUGGAUAUUGCCAAUUUGAUGUACUGCUGCACUACGAAGAAAAUGCGAGACGCCCAAAAAGAUACAUUGCUCAAGGGAUAUACGGAGGAGCUGUAUAAAUGGUUGGAGCUGCUGUGCACCGUAUUACCUGGCUACUGCAAUACCCUGCAAAAGCUUCAGGAACUAUUUGCUCAGGAAUUAAAAACCUAUGGACGAUUUGCUCUUGGCCUCGCCAUGGAUAUAAUACCCAUUAGCACAUGCUCAUCAGAGGAUGCCCCCGACAUGUACUUGAAUCGCAAUGAUGACCCCGACGAGGAUGUGGGUGCGCCUGCUUUAAAUUUUCCACCUAACGACUUGUGCCGACAAAAGAUGUCUGAAAUUUUGGUUGAUAUGGUCGACAGUGACAUGCUCUAGAGCAUGGUCCAAAUAGUAAAAGCAUA